AUGCUGGAGACAUACAGGAACCUCACUGCUAUUGGCUAUAGCUGGGAAGACCAUAAUUUUGAGGAGCAUUGUCAAAAUGCUAGAAAACAUGGAAGGAAUGAAAGAAACCAUAAUGGAGAGAAAUCCUCUGAAUAUACUCAAUGUGAUAAAGCCUUUGCAUGUUGCAAUCAUCUUCAAAGCCAUGAAAAAAUUCAUUCUACAGAGAAGUCAUACGAUGUUAUUCAAUAUGAUGAAGGCUUUGCAGGUACCAGUUGUCUCCAAAUACUUAGAAGAACACAAGCUGCAGAGAAACCCUAUGAAUGUAAUCAAUGUGAUAAAGCCUUUUCACAGAACAUUAAUCUUCGAGUACAUCACAGUACACAUACUGGAGAGAAAUCUUAUCAAUGUAAUCAAUGUGAUAAAGCUUUUUCAAAACACUCUAAACUCCAAAUACAUGAAAGAACACAUACUAAAGAGAAUCCGUAUGAAUGUAAUGAAUGCGGUAAAGUCUUUGCACAUCAAUAUAGUCUCCAACUUCACAAAAGAAGACAUACUGGAGAAAAAACCUCCACGUGUAAUCAAUGUGGUAAAGUCUUUUUACAACUCAGUAGUCUUCGAGUACAUCAGAGAACACAUACUGGAGAGAAACCCUAUACAUGUAAUCAAUGUGGUAAAGCCUUUUCACAGAACAGUAAUCUUCGAGUACAUCAAAGGACACAUACUGGAGAGAAACCUUAUCAAUGUAAUCAAUGUGUUAAAGCUUUUGCGAGUCAUGGUGAGCUUCACAGACAUAAAAGAAGACAUACUGGAGAGAAGCCAUUUGAAUGUAAUCAAUGUGAUAAAGCUUUCUGGGAGCACUCUAAACUCCGAAUACACAUAAGAACACACACUGGAGAGAAACCCUAUGAAUGUAAUCAAUGUGAUAAGGCCUUUUCACAUCUCAGUAGUCUAAAAACACAUAAAAGAACACAUACUGGGGACAAACCUUAUGAAUGUAAUCAAUGUAGUAAAGCCUUUGCAUGUCAUAGAAGUGUACAACUCCAUCAAAGAACAUAUGCUGAAUAG